AUGUCGACCAUCACUGCUAUUGUCACCGCCGCGCGACCACGCGCAUCCUUCACGACCCUUCCAGUCGAGAUCCAAUCCCUGAUCUUGUCCACGGCCGUCGUUCCAUACCCGAUCCCUCACCCUGGCGGCAGCGCAUACGCCCCUCACAACCAUCACCCGAAAUCGCUCUCCCGCCGCAAUCCUGUCCACAAGCUUGAUGUCAUCAGGAUCAGCAUCCAGCGGAGCUUUGGGCCAUCGAUCGGCAUGGGCCACAUCCUGGAGGCGUACUGCUCCGUCAACGAGCUCACGGUCAUGCUGCAUCAGGUAUCAGGACCAAGUGCGAACACCAUGACGACUGCGCAGCCGUUCGCGACCAACUGCGGGACGUUCGAGGAGAACCCUGCACUGCAGGCGCAUGUGAAGAGUCUAAAGAUCAGUGUUCUGAGCGUCAUGAUCAUUGCGCAGAAGAAAGGCGGCGUGGAAGUCAAAAUCACGGCUAAGCAAGCCGGGUAUACUGGCCGUCUCGAAGAUACCGCCAACAAGUUGCUUGCGUUCGGACUCUUCCAAUGUCUUGAGCAGAGCUUCAGCGCAGCACUCGCACUCGCACUAUUUAUCACCUGCAACAUGCCCGACCACAUACAUUUGCCAGGGAUGAAUGGCGAGGGAUCCUUGAAGAUCAACCUUACUGCUCCAACCUCGCUCCUCCAAGCGCACGAAUCGACGGGUCGGUACACUCAAAACGCAUCGCACGAUGCCACCCAUUCCAAGCAACACAAACAAGCCGGCGAACAGAGCGAGCCAGCGACGCAGCACCCGACGAAUAUGGCGAACACCAGCACUAAGUCGACGUAG